UCAGCCUUCUCAGUCGCUGUCCGACCAGUCGAUCCCGUCAUGUGGGUUUGUUUUUUGUGUCUUGUUUCUUCUGGUCGGAGAGGGAAAUGGACGAACUUUGCUCCCUGCUGUUUCCCUGAGGAUUGUGUGUGAUGUGCACCGUGUGUUUCUGUGAUGAAAACACUUAAAGUGUGAGGCAGGCUGAGUUAGUGGCUGAUGGUUGAGCAGGAUGGACACCGACCUCACCUUCUCCUCCCGGCGGUCACCUGUGCUGUGUUUACACGGCUGCUGCGCGUCCAGCCAGCCGCUGGCGACCGGGGCCGGACUGGACAUCCUGAAGCGUGGCGGGAAUGCGGCGGAUGCUGCGGUUGCCAUAGCAGCGGCGUUGGCGGUGACAGAGCCGUUUAGCACCGGGCCAGGUGGAGACGCUUUCUGCCUGUUCUACAACGCAGACACUGGAGAGAUCAGAGGGAUCAACGGCAGCGGUCGAUCUCCCAGAGCCCAGACCCUGGACCUCCUGGAGGGUCGUGGUUACAGCACCGACUCCCCCGUCCCAGUCCUGGAUGCCUUAAACGUCACAGUGCCGGGAGCCGCUGCCUGCUGGUGUGAUACUGUGCAGCUGUUUGGUAGCCACAAGCUCUCCCUGCAGGAGGUGCUGGGCGGGGCGGUGCAGUUGGCGGAGGAGGGGUUUCCGGUUGCCAAGGUAACAGCUCACCACUGGGCGCACUGGGUGGCUGAAUUGCGGCGUGCUGGGAAGGAACUAGGCGGGGACCUUUUGAUCGAUGGCCAGGCGCCCAAUCACGGACAAGUAUUCAGAAACCCCGGCCUGGCACGGACCCUGAAGGAGCUCGGUGAGCGUGGCAAGCCCGCGUUUUACCAGGGCAGAGUGGCCCAAGCCAUCGUUGAUGUCAUCAGCCAGCAUGGAGGAGUCAUGACCCUGGAUGACCUCAGCGGCCAUGACAGUGAGGUCAUCGCCCCCGUCAGCGCAGACUACAAGGGUGUGCGUCUGUGGGAGCCUCCACCCAACAGUCAGGGACUGGCUGCCCUGCUGGUGCUCAACAUCCUCGAGAACUUCCCUCUGAAAGCUCUGGGCCACAACAGCCCUGCGUACGUCCACGUCCUGGUGGAGGCGGUCCGCUUGGGCCUCGGAGACGCUCUGCAUUACCUCAGCGACCCCGACCAUGUGACCGUCCCCCUGGAAACCCUGUUGGAUAAAAACUACAGCCAGCAGCAAGCCCAGCGCAUCAGCAUGGACAGCGCCAUGGAGGGAGUGAAGCCUGGCCUGACGACAGGAAGUGACACGGUCUACUUCUGUGUGAUUGACAGCCAGGGAAACGCCUGUUCGUUUGUCAACAGCAUCUACAUGGGCUUUGGAACUGGGCUGGUCCCAAGGGGCUGUGGAUUCUCUCUGCAGAAUCGAGGCUCCAGCUUCUCCCUGCAGCAUAACCAUAGUAACUGUGCUGCCGGGGGGAAGCGGCCAUACCACACCAUAAUGGCCGCCCUCCUCACUGACUCCGCCCACAUGUCAGACAGACCACGCCUUCUCGCCGCGCUGGGGGUGAUGGGAGCUUUUAUGCAGCCGCAAGGACACGUUCAGGUGUUGUUGAACAUGCUGGAGUUUGGGAUGGACCCUCAACAGGCUCUGGAUGCCCCAAGAGUCAACGUACAAUAUGACCCCAAAGCUGAUCAGUGGUUGGUUAAUCUGGAGGAGGGCGUCGACCAGGAGGUAGCAGAGGAGCUGAGAAGGCGGGGCCACCAAGUCAACUGGCCAAUCACAGGCCACAAGAGGUCUCAGUUUGGGCGGGGUCAGAUCAUCACAGUGGGGGAUUGGUGGAACCCAUCUGUCAAUCAAGCCGAUGGUCCAACCAGGGUGCUGUGGGCGGGGUCGGACCCCAGAGCAGAUGGAUGUGCUCAGGGAUACUAGACAGACGUCCUCUCUCUUCUCUUCUCUUCUCUUCUCUCCUUUUCUCGUUUCUUCUCCUCACUUCUCUUCUCUUCUAUUUUCUUCUCAAUGAUUGUAAUCAAAUAAAUCGAUCAGGGAGUUCUCUGAAUGUAAUUCCUGCACUUGAAAUGUGGAACUGAAGUAUAUUUUUGUGCAGUCAUUUUCAGUGAAGAUCAGCUUGUUUCCUUGGUUUCAUCGUCUCUCGUCCUGAAAUCUUUUGUUGUGAAGCUGUGAUGUGACGCGCGCUUCCAGAACUUGUACGUGCAUCUCAACUAUUUGGUUUUACCCAUCUGUCCAUGUUUUCUCCAUUAUUAACUCUCUUGAUUUGAGACUGAAGUUAACUGAUGAAGCACUGUUGGUGUGUUAGUGUGCUCACUGUUUAGCUCGGCCUUAAAGGUAAAACAGUGCAAAAUGCUAAAAAUCUUUCUGUGAUGAUGCCAUUCAUAACACAGACAGCCUUCCAUAACUGUUUUAUAGAGAUUUGUCUGGUUCAGGUCAUUUAAUUAUUAGGUUUAUGUCUUCCCUCAGGAGUAUCAUUUUACAAAGACAAAUAAACUGAGUUGAGUUGACAUUUAAUUUCAUUCAAAGCCAUAUAUGUUGGUUGGUUAAUUAGAUCGCUUUGUGUCAUUUUUUUAACAUAAAUUUUAAAAUGAAGGAUGUUUGUUUCUGUGUUGUUGGAAACAACCACAUAUUUAACAGUCUGUUUCAAAUAUCUCGAUCUACAAAUGAUGCUGGGUCUAUUCAUAAUGAUUUUGUAUGGCUUUUAUAAAGGGAAAUAAAUGAAUUUUUACAUUGAAGUUGUGUUUAUUUCUGCUCUGGGGUUCUUAACCCUCCUGUUAGCUUCAGAUUUACCAACUCCAGUAUCUUAAACCUCCUG